AUGCAUCCUCCGUCGCCGCAGCUUCUGCGCGCUCUGCGCAGCUCGAUCCAGGCCAACUCCAGUCUGAGCGCCUGUCGCGCAUCAUGUCCGGCUCGUCUGGCGAGUCCGCUGUCCUUUGCCCCCCGCCGCAGUAACAGCAGCAGCUAUCCUGCUCGACCGUCGCGGAUCGUGCCUCGCGCGCAGCCUCCCAAGCCACAGACCCGCGACCGCGGACCACGCUCGUCGGAGACGACCCAGACCGAUUUCGCUGAACUGAAUGUGCUGGGGAACCUUCCCACGCCGGCGACUGCCGUCGACGCUUGCCUGGACGACGGCUUCCACUUGGACAACGGCAUCAAGGUGACCGGAGGCGAUGGGGUGCUGCUGGUCGGCGGCGAAGCGUUCACCUGGCGGCCCUGGCAGGCGUUCAGCGGCGGCGCAGAUGCGAAGAGCAUGAUGGUCAACGAGAAGGGGCAGUUUGAGGUCGCGGAGGAAGUCUGGGGUCUGCUCGGGUUGGUGUGGCCGCGACCUGACCUUCUGAUCCUCGGCCUCGGGGCGUCCGUGUUCCCUGUGUCGCCCGAGACGAAGCGGCACAUCAACUCGCUGGGCAUUCGGGUUGAGGUGCAGGACACCAGGAACGCAGCAGCCCAGUUCAAUCUGCUCGCAACCGAACGAGGUGUCACCGACGUUGCAGCAGCCAUGAUCCCCAUUGGGUGGAGAGGACGGUCGUGA